UCCACAUACGGAUAUCCUCCAUUACGUCGGCACCCAACCAUAUAGUCCCUCCGUCCACGAUGCCUCUCCAUUCAGAACUCCCCAUUGUGCGUGUUGAGCACGGUUCCAUGCACACCAUCGAAACAGGCAACGCAGAGAAUCUGUUCGGCCUCUGGUCUUUAUUCUCCAAAUGCUCGCCUGCUAUGGAAGACGGUCGACGCUACGAGAACAUGGCGUGGAGAGUCUGGGGCCGUGAAACGCUCUGCUGUCCGCCCGUCAUGAUGUCGCCGCAGUGGGCGUUCGAGCGACAGCUCGCAGCCAAUAAUGCCGAGGUUCCCGACCUGUCAACCAGCGUGGGGUCGGACGACUCAACCAUGGACAGCGCCAUCACCACAACUUCCCGCUCAACCUCGUCCACUUCGCGCCCGGACUUGCGCCGCCACGAUUCCACGGCUAGCCAGGCUCGCGGCAAGCACCUGACGCCCAUUGAUCUGGAGAAGGUCGUCAACUCGAUCCAAGAGAAGAAGGCGAUUGAGCCAUUAUCGCCACUGCCCCCGCAGCUGGCCCCGCCAGUAGCCGAGCCAUCGACGCGCCCUGCAGCAUCGACUUUCCGGCCAGCCUCGCCACCAGUGACUGCACGCCGCAUUCCUCAACCAGCGACAUCGCCGCUCGCCGCUAUCCGUGGCAGCGACGCUAUGGCACUGAGCCCUCUUGCCCACUCCGAGGUGAGCUCAUCGUUGGAGGCUAGCAACCACAGUGUUGUGCGCGGCUUUGAGCCGGGCCACAUCUCGACAUCGAUACGCUCAAGCACCAACCUGGCCCCGACACCUAUCCUGAAAAAGACAUCAAGCUUCCUCGUGAAGCCUUUGCCCUCCAAAGCAGAGCCAAUGACGAAGAAGAAACAGCCCAUGUUCACUCUUGGUGGCUCAUCCGACGAGGACAACAGUAGCUCCCUCGAGGCAUAUUCGCUCGCGCAACGCAGCUCGUUGUCUGAGCAUCUCAGAAGAGGCGCUCCCCCUAUGCGAAAGACGCUCUCGUUCAAGAACGAGGUCAACACCCGCACUUACCACGAUGCCACGUCCGACAGCGAUGGAGCUAUCGAGACUGACAGUGAAGAUGAGCCCGAUGAGAGUGCCAUAGAAGAAGAAGACUCUGAUGGUGACUGGGAAGACGACAACGAUGAUAGUGGCCCUUCCAGUGUAACCGAACAGUCCAUGUUCAAACGAGUCGACUCGAAGCCCAACCUUGUUUCUCGCCGGUCCCUUCUCACUACCAUGAUGCAUGAAGGCGAUCGCGCACAGGCCUUGCAAAAUGCUGCCUCCCGGUCUACACCCGCCAUUCGCCGAUCCCGAACUUCAACCCCCAACGGCCCUUCUAUUGGCAAUUCUCCCCAAGAAGACAGUGGUCUUAUGAUGCGUCAACAAGUCACACGGGCAAAGCCUAUCAUUAUGACCACCUCGAAUGUGCAUCCGCCUGCAUUGUCUCCACGCACCACGCGUAGGAACAUGCUCCAGACGGAGUUGAGCGGGAGUUUAAGGCAGAACCUCCUAUGGGAGCGACAGCAAAAAAAUGCAACUACCAACGCCGUGAUCCGUCGGGCUAUGACCACAACCGACCUUAGAGGUCUGGAUGCAGCGCCUCAACCAAGGCCGAGCAACACUAAAACCACCAACUCGUACCAGGAGGAUUAUUUUGGCGGUGGUAUUUCCGAGGAGUACCACGCGAAGGGUUGGUAGAGCUCCACAUCAAUUUUUCCAACGUUUGCACUUCUAGCGGCAUUUAUGGAUGGGUCUGCGGCGUUUUUGUGUUCAAUAUUUUCAGGCAUCACCAGUUUUCAUCUUCAUACUGCACGGUCGGUCGAUGGUAAUGUCUUUUUUUUCAAAAUUUCCUGGUCAAUACCACACGGGCCUUUGUGUAUGCCCUACGAGGCUACGAAUUUCAUUCAUGCAGGUCCGUACACGGGCACAUUCAUUCGGUUUUGAAGACAGGUCAUGGCUCACGCCCGGAUGGGCGGAUACGUUCGUCGAGCAGUAUCGACUCUGCUGGUCUGUACUUUUACCUGCGUUGUACUUUUACCAGGCGAUCUGCCUGAGACGGUGAUUAUACCCUGGAGAGAGAUGGCUUCGCGAAGCUGCUUGACGACAAAGUUGUCAGUUUACGAGAUAGCAGGUACCUAAUUCCAAAAAAAGCGUAUUGUCUU